UAGUCAAUUGACAAAAUGAUCCACUGAAGCACCAUUUAUAAACAUAUUAAAAAUGUUUAUUUACCUGGUAUUUCCAGUGGCCACAUUAUUUUUAAUUUUUGGAGUCCUGCACGACAGAAAUGAUUGGUUAUAUUCAUCGGUUCGGCGUACCCUUACCCUGUACCGUAGACUGAUAAAUAGACGCACGCCCCAACGUUCGUUACUUAAUGAAAAUCUUGAAAGUAUCACAUCCGAAAGACCCGUGGUUAGAACUGACGACAGAAUAGAGUUGGAAAAUGUUCCAGCACAGAAGACAACGAUCAGUAACAUCGCAGAUCAUACUAAGGAAAAAAUGUCGGAUGCGAUUUUGGGUGAAACUAGAGACACAAUGAAGAUUUUGAAUCCGCCGCGGUACUCCUUUGAGAGUGUACUAUCGGAGGAAAAAGACAGAGACAUUGAUUUACCUGUCAUAAGAACACUUCAACUAGGAAAAACUCCAGAUAAUGCUACUCGAAUUUCUAAACAAGAAGAAACGGAAAAUAUAUUUGAAUCUUUAAAGACUACCAUCGAAAAAACUGCUGUCGAUCCAUCUUCCCGGUUAAAUACUAGACAAAUAUAUAAUUUGCUUAUGAAAGAAAGUUUGAAGGAAAAUGAAGCGAGACAGAAAUUAAUAGAUAAGAAGUUGAAUGAAUCACUUCCUAUCGAAAUAAAAGAACAAGUUCCAUCAUCAUCGCAAAAUAAAUCCGAACGAGAAGAUAAGAAUAAACGAUAA